AUGAACUACAUCGCAAGAAGCACCCGAAUGGGCGCAAGCUCCAUGCUCCACAAGCACCUAUUUCCCAGCUCCUCCUUGAACAUUGCCAAAAAGUCAAAGUCAACCUUGACUCAGGUGUUUUCUGACAAAGCCAUUCAUCCUAUUGGUCCUUACUACUCCCAAGCCAUCAAGGCAAACAACUUCCUCUUCCUCUCCGCCCAACUCCCCGCCGAUGAAUCCUGCACUUUGGUCUCUGGCUCCCUCACCUCUCAAACCCACAAAAUGAUCUCCAACGCCCGUCAUGUGCUUGAAGCCGGUGGUUCUGACCUUACAAAAGUGGUCAAGGUCAAUUUAUGGGUUCGCGAUUUUCAAAUGUUGGAAGAGGUUAAUAAGGUUUAUAUGAGUUAUUUUCCGCAGAGGCCGGCGAGGACGGUGCAUCAAGAGGCUUUUUUGCUCAAGGGGGCAGAUGUUAUGAUGGAUUUGGUUGCUGUGGUUUGA